AUGACCUCUGCACAGCAAUGGUUGAAAGCUCAACGUAUAAGCUACAAUAAUUACUGGUUCCUCUCCAUUGUUGAGUCAUUGUUCACCCUCCAUCGAACUAUUUUAUUAUUUUCAUCAAAUCAACCUCCCCCUCCAUCUUUCCCUCGUUCUUUUCUCUCUCUUCAACCCGCUAGCUUCCUCGCGUUCUGUUGCCUCGCUCUUCUUCAACCCUUGCUCCUCGUUCGUCCCUCUUCUCUCUGUCGGUCGUCUUCUUCGCCAUCUUCUUCCAGGACAAACGAGAAGGCUGAGAGAAGUGAUAUCCCCUACAUCGACAAGAAAAAAUACCUUGUCCCUGCUGACCUGACAGUGGGCCAAUUUGUAUAUAUAAUUCGGAAGAGAAUUAAACUGAGUGCAGAAAAGACAAUCUUUAUAUUUGUGGACAAUGUCCUUCCACCAACAGGAACUAUAAGGUCCACCAUUUAUGAUCAAAAGAAGGAUGAAGAUGGAUUUCUUUAUGUUACUUACAGUGGGGAAAACACAUUUGGGUAGAAUAAGAUUGUGAAGCCUGAUUUUCUCUUUCACGGUUUCACCGGUUUCCUGUUCAGAAUUUUCUGGCAUCACAAAACUGGCAUCGUGCCAAAUGGAUGUACUUUUUCUGUCUACCUGUACAGUUCUACUUUGUACAUAACAUAACAAUAAACUGUUUUUUGAGGUUCCUGGGGCGUAAGACAUCAUCACAAGGGUUCUUUAGCGCCCUUGGGCAAAAGUGAUCUUUGAUUCAGAGUUCUAGUGAUCUUGUUGUUUGAAUGUUUUCAUUAUAUUGGAGACGGUAGUAUCUUCUUGUUCAGAUGAAGGUCGCAUUGUGAUCGUGUUUUAUGAGAAAGGAUAGAUAAUAUUGAAACUUUUGCAUAUUAAGCA